UUCAGAAUGAGCUGCUUCUUAUUGAUAUCUUUUAGUGAUCUGCGAUAAGUGCGCUUGUUUUGACGACAGUCCGCUACUUUAGUUCAGUGACAAAGGAAAUAUUAUGGCUCUGUAUAUUUAUUCUAGCGCGUACAGGAACUAUAACCCUUAUAGUGCGGGCUUAGGGCGGCCGUCGUCUAAUCUUGGUAUAUACGGUGGUACUAGUUCCGGGUACGGGGGCGUGUACUUAAGCGGUGCUACAUUGGGAUCAUUGAAUUUAAUGACUCCUGUCUUAAAAAAGUUGGACAAAAGGUUGCUGGCGAGCAAAAAAGACUUUAAACCGAAGCCUGUGCCAUUGGCGAAGGUUCAGGAGCCCACGGACGUGCCAGUGGAUGCGCCGGUUGUUCUGCCGGCGCCGGAGGUCGAUGAUGUGCCGCCAGUACGGCCGCAGCGCAAGAACCGCGCGAAUAAAGCCGGUAACUUGGAUAAAGAACGAUCUCGCUCGCUCAGCUCUCUGGAGACCUCAGGAGCGCUUGGCUCUCGAUCUCUCAGCUUAAACUCUCUUGCUUCAGAUGGAUACUGUUCUGGCAGCGAACGCACUGAGGAGAGCGAGGACAAGGACUACAAGGCGCUGUACGAGGCGUCUCAGAGCGAAGUGCGCCGCUUGCGCGCCUUGCUCGCCACCUCCGAGCAACAGUUGCGCGAGGCUCGCGCGACUAUCACAAGGCUCACUCAAGUGAACCAGAAUUCAUUGUCUGAAAUCGAGAAACGAGAAAAGAGGGCUAUGGAGAGGAAAUUAUCAGAAAUGGAGGAAGAAUUAAAGUAUCAACAAACGCUCCAAGCUGAAAACCAGCGGCUGAAGGACGAGAACGGAGCCCUAAUCCGGGUGAUCAGCAAACUGUCCAAGUGAACAUCACCUCGCGUGUCUCCUACGAUCACAUAGAAUAGCACGCCAAGUUAUGAUCGGCAACACGUCUCUGACCGACGUGCUCUUUAGUCUGUUAUUUCAAAGGUUUAUACAUAUAUAUUUCGUGUUAUUUAUUCAAUGUUGAUAGGCACUUGAACUAAACACUGUUUGUUGUCUUUUUAUUUGGGAAUACUAUUAUUGAACAACACAAGUCUUUCCGAUACGAAUGUGUAUAGUCGAUCCGCCAAACUGUUUUGCUGCUAUCUAAAGUUAUAUGUAUGUACGAAUGUAAGUUAUUUAAAAAUUUGAUAUGAAAUGAGAUAAUAAUUAUAUUACGAGAAUACAGCCAGUAUAAAUUAUUAAUGAUCUUAUCGCCAUUUAAUUUAAUGUUAUAACUUAAUGAUAAAAAACUGUUGGCAAUUGCCGAGUAUUUAUAAUAACGGAUUAUCGAGCUAUAGAAUCACUUACAGACGACAAUGACUGCAGUACAAAAUCUGUAUAUUAUGCUUUUAUGUUUUAUAGCAGUCCAUGCUGUUUAUUAAUGUCAUUCUGUAGUGUUCACUGUACAUUUAUAUAUUUGAAAUAUUAUUGUUCCUGAUGUUAAGUUUGUCUACCGUUCCCUUAUUGAGUGUAUUGUCUUUGAGAUUCCACAAAAACGUUAUUUCUACGUAUACUGUCGUUUCAAAUUAAAUUGUGAAAUUAAUUUUGUGUGAGAUGUACUAAAUCUAUUAAAAAUAACGCCUUAGUCUUGUGAAACAAUUGCGGAAAGUUCUACUAGUUUCAAGUUACAGCGAGAGCUGAAUGUACAACGUUAAUGCGUCGCUCGCUGCGCAUGUAUAAAAAUCUUGCUGUGUCUUAACACUAGUUAAGCUUUUCUCAGUUAAUUCAUGCAAGAAUGCCGCUUCGUUUGUUUAAAUAAAAUGUAGAUAAAUAAGCGGUAUUACAAACUCUAAGCAUAAUUAUUCAGAUAUAACUGUAAUUAGAGUAUUUGAUUUUUAAUAAUCCGCGUCUUUUCGCACAACGAAUUUGUUUUAUGGUGGUAGCCUAAACAUUUAGCUCCUAUUUCGCCACUUUAUUAAAGUAUCUAAAAAACGAAUGUGUCACAUAGUCAAUACAAAUAAAGUUCUAUAUUCAAAUUUAACUGAUACGUAGUGGCUGUACAGAAAUUUGAAACAUGCCCUUAGACUGAUAAACAAUUACAGUAUUUCUGAUAAUAAGAACUUACAAUCUUUUAUGUAUCACUUGUUUACGUGAACGAUUUCGUGUUUCUUGUUUUUUGGAUAGAAAAUAUUAAUAAAAAAAAAUUUUGUUUGAUAAUGAUGUUCGAUAAUGAAUUAUUACUUUGUCUAUAAAAUUCCGAUGCAAAUGAUCUUGGGCGUAAACAUUUAUAAAAAUAUUUAUGCACGAAAGUCAGAAAUACUAGUUUCAAUACUCGUACACAAGUUUAAAUCACGUUAAAAAUUAGUCUUCAUAAGACAUUCUUAUGAAUCAACUCAUGAUAUGUGUGAUUUAUACAUAAAUCUGUUCUACAAAAACAAGAAGUCACUUUCAUUAAAAUACGCCUAUAUACCUAUUACUAACUAUGUAUUUAUUUUUUAUUUGUUUGACAUAAUAACAUGGUAAUUUCCACAUCACACAACUUAUUCCGUUAUUUUUGUUAUUUAUUUGCGUUUAGAUUUUAUUGAAAAAUGGUUGACAGAUUUGCGUGAAAAAUGAAUUUAUGCCUGCUAUUUGAGCUACUCGAGAGAUCGGGCUUCGGAAUUCUGCCUCUCAGUUUUUGAUGUGAAGUUGAUAUUUAACUCAAUAUUUGUGCCUGUUUCUCCCAAGUCGUCAACCAGCAUCGCUCCACAUUCAGAUUGCCUUAGUUUAAUUGUCGUGACGUGUGUUGUGUUUGUGACUAUAACGCACCUUUUCACUUUUGUCUUGAGAAAGUAUUAUGUACUUAUUGAACGUCCGUACUUACUGACGUCACAGGGCCAUCAGUAUCAAGGCGCAUGGAUUGUGUUUUCGUGUAACGUUUCCUUUUAAUAGCGUUCGUAAGAAAAUUGCGGCUUUAUUGAUUUGUUUUGGAUAAUUAAUUGUGACCUAUGACGGUAAAAGUAUUAAAAUUUUUGUUUAACGUUUAAGUAACUUGCAUAUUGUUAGAUGCAUCGACUUAACUUCAGUAGCUGCUAUUAAAAUGAGAUGUUAUUUUAUAUUACCACGUUUCUCGAGGUGUAUUUCUUGUCGAUAACUUUUGACAUAUUCCUACAUAAGUGUAAAGUAGAUUAGUUUUACUACGACUUUUUUGUAGAGGGCUUGAUUCACCCGAUUUAAAUGUUAUAUAUAGCUAUGUAUGUCGCUUAGAUAUUGUUUGAUAAUAUAUCUGUAAUUGAAAUACACCUCUAAAUUGUUCAAAAUGAAAUAAAUAUCUUCGCGACAUAUGUAUCUCGAAUUACUAAUAUAUUAAUGUAUAGUUUUUUUUUCUAGGCAAUAGUCUAUAGCCGAUUGGAUUGAUUUGUGAUAUAUCGAUUUUGUACGACAAUCAUAGAAACUUUUUUGUAUUAGCGAAAUAGACUGUUGAAUAUCUAUAAAGUAUGAAUUGAUCGGGGCCAUAAAAGUGAAUAUUUAUAUGUUUUGCCUCUAAAUAAGGCCUAGUCCCUUUAUGGACCAGAAACUUAUAAUAAUGUAAUGACUAGUGUACACCUUGUCAUUAAUGAGACUUUCUCAAUUAUCCAGGUCUGAUUAAAUAACUUGCCAUUGCAGGCCAGGGACUCGAGCACUAGCUGAAGCGGCCUAUGUACGAGUUAUAUACAUUAAACUUAUGUGUCAUUGUCGGGUCCAUAGGUCUCAAGAGGCAUAAAAAUGCUAGUCUAAAUUAGCGGCGACAUACGUCCCGCAUGUGAAGCGGUCCAGACGGCCACCUACAUAAUCUUUGCCAUGUUCCCAGCACUUGUUUGUAUGAGUUAGUACUGUUAACAGUUAUUGAUAAUAUUAUUUGAGGCUUUCAUAUCUAUCCAGUCAAACGUGGGUUGUGUAGUUCUCAACUCCAUCGCCUCUGCGUUUGACAAUAAAUACGUAACUGUUUGAAAGACCUCGUUUAUUAAUGUAGCUGUUUAUCAUUGUCUCAGUUUUUUUGCCAAGCUGUAAUAAAAUUAAUGUUAUAAUUACUAUUAAAAAAACUUUUAUGUGUUAAGCUUGUUGAAAAUAAUGUCGUGAAUAUUGAGAAAUAUUUAAAUGGGACAUAGUUUGUUGAAGUGGUAAAUGAUAUUCGUAAAUACUAUAAUAUUCUGUAUAAAAUUUGUAAACCAACAAUUUCAUUUAACUUAGUGAUCCUGAAAAUUUUUGUUCAAUAAAGUUUUUAUUUAUUUGAAGAGAAAGUUAAAAUAAACAGUUCUUCAUUAUAUUUUUGUUUUGUU